AUGUCAAGCCUUUCAAACAUCAACUCGUCUCCCGCCGGCACCCCCGCCAACCCCAAUAACCCCACCCCUACCACAAACGCCAACGCAGCUGUAGUCGGAGGAGAACAGCUCUUCGACGCGCGUAACGUCCACGCAAACCGGUUCCGCAUCGGCGGCUUCGAAGGCGGCCUCCCCGCCGGUAACUUUCUCUCUGACACUGGCUCCUCCGAAAACCCUGCCGCCGCCUCAGUCGCAGAAGGAGAUGUGGAUGGUCCUACACGCACGACCAAGCAACCAGGACAACAAGGACAGGAAGAGGAGGAUGAAGGAGAGUUGUCGGAUGACGAGAAGGUGCGGAGAGACCGUCAGCGGCAGUGGGCGGCUAUGGUGGCGAGUGGCGAGAUUGAACCUUCGAAAUUGAAUGUUCGUCCUGGACAGCGGUAUACUCUUCCUGUUGAGAAGCCCAAGUUCUACUGA